AUGGCUAAGAUGAAAGGGUUAGCACGAGGAAUUUGUUGGUGGCCGGGUAUUGAUGCAGAUAUAGAAAAUACUGCUAAAAAAUGUGUUAGUUGUAACCUAGUCAGAAAUAAUCCCAAACAAGUAGAAAAGCAUAUUUGGGAACCAGCUGAUCAACCGUUUCAUCGUGUACACGCAGAUUUUGCAGGACCUUUCAUGGGUAAAUAUUUUUUUAUUUUAGUUGAUAGUUAUUCAAAAUAUCCAUUUACAUACGUUGUUAAUGAUAUCACAGCGAAAACUACAAUAAAAGUUUGUAGAGAAAUUUUUGCUGCAUUCGGAUUACCAAAAGUUUUUGUAACCGAUAAUGGCAGUACAUUUCAUUCAAGAGAGUUUCAAAACUUUUUGAAACAAAACGGAGUUAGUUCCAAAUUUACAGCUCCUUACAAUCCAUCAACAAACGGGCAGGCGGAACGUUUUGUUCAAACUCUAAAAAAAUCACUUUUGAGUACUCGAUGCACUAAUAAUGAAAUAGACCAAAAUGUACAAAAAAUUUUAAUGAAAUACAGAAUUAUGCCUCAUAAUGUUACACAAGUAUCACCAUCAAAAUUAAUGUUUGGAAGACAAAUACGUUCUCGUUUAGACAGUUUUCUUCCUGACAAAGAACAAGAUCAUGUAGUUAAUUUUGAAAAAGAAUGUGUGGAAUUUCAAAGGGGUGAUAGAGUCCAAUGUAGGAUUUAUGUUGGUAAAAACAAGUGGACUUUUGGGAAAAUAUCCAAAAGAACAGGUAGAUUACAUUAUGAGAUUACAUUGGACAAUGGUAAAAUAUGCAGAAGACAUAUAAAUCAGAUGAUGAAAUGUCACAGAAACGUACCAGUACAAUCCGAUGUAGAAUUAGAUCAUUUUGAUUAUGUAAAUCCCGAAUCAGACUCAAAUGAACCAAUUCAACCACGACAGGAAAAUUUACAAGAACCUGAACAUGUAACACAGAAUGUAAGACCACGAAGAAAUGUUAGAUUUCCACAAUACUUACAAGAUUAUGAUCUUAAUUAA